GUUCACUGUUAAGAAAUGAUGGAUUUAUUGUAAAUAUAAGAUAAACAUCAUUUAUCUUUGAUAAACCAUAUCAGAAAUGUACUAUUAUCGGAUAAAGUUUUGUAUUAAAUAAAAGUUAGCCAGUGUUUCCUAAUUAUUACAACAGUAAACAUGAAUUUAGUGAUAAAUUUAAGUGUAUUAUUAUUAUUUUUAAACUUUGCUAGCGGUGCUCGAAUAUUAUGUGUAUUUCAAAUGCCUGCAGUCAGUCACCAACGUGUAUUUCAACCGAUAUGGAGAGAACUAUCAUUAAGAGGUCACCAAGUCAUCGUGGUAACCCCUAGACCUUUAAAAGAUCCUUCAUUAAAAAAUUUAAAAGAGAUAGACGUCAGCAAUAAUAAUGAAAUCAUUAAGAAGCAUGGUUUCCAAUUUUUCAUGAAUAAAAUUAACGGUAUUCAUACUAAAAUACCUAAAAUUUUCGCAAUGCAUUACGAAUUCGCUGAGGUUAUAUUAAAAAACGAAGAAUUUAUAAAAAUCUAUAAUAAUAGUAAUGAAAAAUUUGAUUUAGUUAUCGCUCAAACUUAUAUUUCACCGGUACUAUACAGUUUAGCAGCUAAAUUUCAAGUACCUUUAAUAGGAAUCUCAUCUAUGGGUGGCUAUAUUGGAACACAUUUUGGAAUUGGCAAUCCGCAUUUUCCAUCAAUGUAUUCGGAAAUGUUUUUGCCAUAUCAUGGACAGUUAACGUUCUAUGAAAGACUGAAAAGUACGCUUUACUAUCUCUUUGUUAGAUUUUAUAGAACUGCAGUUAUUCUGCCGCAAUCUGAUGAACUAGCUAGAAAAUAUUUGGGUAAUGAUUUGCCGUAUAUUGAAGAUAUUGAGAAAAAUAUGAGUUUGCUCUUUUUAACAACAAAUCCUUUUUUAUAUGUACCAAGACCUACUAUACCUACGAUUAUUAGUUUGGAAAGUAUUCACGUCAAACCGGUGGAAAGUUUACCGAACGACUUACAAACACUUUUAGAUUCGUCAAAAGAAGGUGUUGUGUAUUUUAGUUUAGGUUCAAAUGUUCAAAGUAUGAAUAUACCAGACAGAGUACGAGAAACUUUAAUAUCAACUUUUGCAGAGUUACCCUAUAAGGUUUUAUGGAAGUUUGAAUCAGAUAAUUUACCUAACAAACCAAAAAAUGUUAUUAUCAAAAAAUGGCUGCCACAAAAUGAUGUUCUAGCACAUCCAAAUAUAAAAGUAUUUUUGACACAAUGCGGUCACCAAUCCACAGAAGAAGCUGUAUCCCGAGGUAUACCAUUGGUAGCACUACCAUUCAUAGCUGAUCAAGAAAUGGUCGCAAAAAGAUUAGUAGAACUCGAGGUGGCAAUUGGACUAGAUUUCGUCACUUUUACUAAAGAAGAUCUCAAGACAGCUAUUAUGGAAGCAUCAACUAAUCCAAAGUAUAGAAAAAACAUGGAACAUUUGAGGGAAAUGUGGAUAGAUCAACCAAUGAAUUCGUUAGAUCGAGCAAUGUGGUGGAUAGAAUACGUCAUCCGUCAUAAAGGCACCAGACACUUAAGAACGCCGUAUUCAGAUAUAUCUUGGAUAGAAUAUUUGUUACUAGAUGUAGUUUUGGUAAUUACUUUGGUCAGUUUGACUGCUAUAUACUUUCUAAUUUUGAUUACUAAAUGUAUUUGCAACCUAAUGUUUUUUAGAAGAAAAUACAAAACUAUUUAA